AUGGCAUCGACUUCCUCAACUUCUACGCCAGGAACAGCAACAACCCGUAUGUCUACUUGUUCAAUUAUGAGGUGAGUGAAGUUGAGUUAUUUUGAAUUGUUUAGGAACACAAUAACAACAAAGGAUGUGGUAUCAACACCACAAGAACGGCAAGAAGCUCGUGACAGAAGAUUUGGAGCAGCUGGUCGCAUGGCCUCCUCUUCUAGCACGGAUGACCUCGUCCACACCGAUCUUGUGGAAAACCAGGAGAAGUUCAAUCGUUCAGAAAUCAAUGAAGAAGGUAAGACAACAAUUAUCAUGUUUAUUUCUUUGUCUCGGUUUAGAUUGGAACAACAGCGUCGCCCAAACGCAAAAUCGUCCAGAAGCAGAUUUCAUUGCCCACUAA